AUGGCACCUGGCAGGCUCAUUGAACGUCAGGAGGUUGUGGUGCUGCUCGUGGAGGUAGUACUGGAGGUGGUGCGCGUGGUGCUCGUACUAGUCGAACUGCUGCUGCUCGUACUUGUCGAGGUGGAUGAUGUCGACGUCGUGCUUGAGCUGCUAGACGACGUACUACUGGUGCUCGUGGACGUCGUGCUGGAACUACUGCUGGAGGUACUGGUGCUGCUUGUGGAUGUUGAAGUCGUGGACGUCGUUGUGCUGGAUGAAGAUGAGGAGGAUGUGCUAGUACUGCUCGUGGUUGUUGUACUAGUUGUAGUGCUGCUCGAGCUGCUGCUGCUUGUGCUGCUGGAGGUGGUGGAUGUGGAUGUGGUCGACGUUGAUGUGGUGCUCGAAGUGGAUGAGGAAGUGCUCGUGGUGCUUGUGGAAGUGGUGCUGGAGGUAGUGGUGGAAGUUGAUGAGGACGUGCUGGUGGUGCUUGUCGACGUUGUGCUUGAGGUGGUGCGCGUGGUGCUCGUACUGGUCGAACUGCUGCUGCUCGUACUUGUCGAGGUGGAUGACGUGGAACUCGUGCUUGAGCUGCUGGACGAAGUGCUGCUGGUGCUCGUGGAUGUUGUGCUGGAACUGCUGCUGGAGGUGCUAGUGCUGGUUGUGCUGCUACUACUUGUCGUAGUCGAUGUAGUGGUUGAAGUUGAUGAGGAUGUGCUGGUGGUGCUCGUCGACGUUGUGCUGGAGGUGGUGCGCGUGGUGCUCGUACUACUCGAACUACUGCUGCUCGUACUUGUCGAUGUGGAUGACGUGGAACUCGUGCUUGAGCUGCUGGACGAAGUGCUGCUGGUGCUCGUGGAUGUUGUACUGGAACUGCUGCUGGAGGUGCUAGUGCUGGUUGUGCUGCUGCUACUUGUCGAUGUGGAUGUCGUCGACGUUGAUGUAGUGGUUGAACUUGAUGAGGAGGUUGUGGUGGUGCUUGUGGAGGUCGUGCUGGAGGUGGUGCGCGUGGUGCUCGAACUAGUCGAACUGCUGCUGCUUGUACUUGUCGACGUGGAUGACGUGGAACUCGUGCUUGAACUGCUGGACGAAGUGCUGCUGGUGCUUGUAGAUGUCGUGCUGGAACUGCUGCUGGAGGUGCUAGUGCUGGUGGUGCUGCUGCUGCUUGUUGAUGUGGAUGUCGUCGAGGUUGAUGUAGUGGUUGAACUUGAUGAGGAGGUUGUGGUGCUACUCGUGGAGGUAGUACUGGAGGUGGUGCGCGUGGUGCUCGUACUAGUCGAACUGCUGCUGCUCGUACUUGUCGAGGUGGAUGAUGUCGACGUCGUGCUUGAGCUGCUAGACGACGUACUACUGGUGCUCGUGGACGUCGUGCUGGAACUACUGCUGGAGGUACUGGUGCUGCUUGUGGAUGUUGAAGUCGUGGACGUCGUUGUGCUGGAUGAAGAUGAGGAGGAUGUGCUAGUACUGCUCGUGGUUGUUGUACUAGUUGUAGUGCUGCUCGAGCUGCUGCUGCUUGUGCUGCUGGAGGUGGUGGAUGUGGAUGUGGUCGACGUUGAUGUGGUGCUCGAAGUGGAUGAGGAAGUGCUCGUGGUGCUUGUGGAAGUGGUGCUGGAGGUAGUUCGAGUAGUGCUUGUACUGGUCGAACUGCUGCUGCUCGUACUCGUUGAUGUGGAUGAUGUGGAACUCGUGCUUGAGCUGCUAGAGGAAGUGCUACUGGUGCUUGUGGAUGUCGUGCUGGAGCUGCUGCUGGAGGUGCUAGUGCUGGUCGAGGUGCUGCUGCUGGUGCUAGUUGACGUGGAUGAAGUUGAUGUCGUGCUUGAGCUGGUGGAUGAAGUGCUACUAGUGCUCGUGGAUGUGGUGCUGGAACUGCUGCUGGAGGUGCUGGUGCUGGUUGUGCUGCUGCUACUUGUCGUAGUUGAGGUAGUGGUGGAAGUUGAUGAGGAUGUGCUGGUGGUGCUCGUUGACGUUGUGCUUGAGGUGGUGCGUGUGGUGCUCGUACUGGUCGAACUGCUGCUGCUCGUACUUGUCGAGGUGGAUGACGUGGAAGUAGUGCUUGAGCUGGAGGUAGAGGAGCUGCUUGUGCUAGAGGAUGUGGUGCUCGAACUGCUGCUGGAGGUACUUGUACUGGUCGAAGUACUACUGCUUGUUGAUGUUGUUGUCGUAGAAGUAGACGUGGUGGAUGAAGAAGAUGUAGAUGUGCUCGUACUACUGGUGGAUGAGGUGCUCGUUGUGGUGCUGCUCGAACUGCUGCUGGUUGUGCUGGUUGAUGUUGUUGACGUUGAUGUGGUGCUGGAGGUAGACGAUGAACUUGACGUGGUACUUGUAGAUGUUGUGGUGGACGUGGUGAAAGUUGUGCUCGAACUGCUUGUGCUCGACGAUGUAGUUGAGCUUGAGGUGGUGCUGGAGCUGCUGGAGGAAGUGCUACUGGUGCUCGAGGAGGAUGUGCUGGAACUGCUGCUGGAGCUACUGGUGCUUGUCGAGCUGCUGCUGCUCGUGGAUGUUGAGGUGGUCGACGACGAGGUCGUGGAUGUAGUUGAUGACGAUGAGCUUGUGGUGCUCGUGGAUGUGGUGCUGCUGGUGGAGCUGGUGGAACUGCUACUCGUCGAGCUCGAUGAAGAACUCGAUGUCGAUGUUGUCGUGGAGGUCGAUGACGACGUGCUUGUAGUGCUCGUCGAAGAUGUUGUGGAGGUAGUGUGCGUGGUGCUUGUACUUGUCGAGCUGCUGCUGCUGGUGCUCGUUGAUGUGGUUGACGUUGAGGUCGUACUCGACGACGAUGAAGAAGUGCUUGUCGAGCUCGUUGAUGUGGUACUGGACGUGGUGCUAGUCGAGCUACUGCUGCUCGAGCUACUUGUUGUCGUCGAAGUUGAUGUGCUGCUCGAUGUGCUUGUUGAGCUGGAUGAAGUGCUAGUCGAGGUUGUGCUGGUGGAAGUGCUGGUCGAGCUGCUGCUGCUCGUGGAUGUUGAGGUGGUCGACGACGAGGUCGUGGAUGUAGUUGAUGACGAUGAGCUCGUGGUGCUCGUGGAUGUGGUGCUGCUGGUGGAGCUGGUGGAACUGCUACUCGUCGAGCUCGAUGAAGAACUCGAUGUCGAUGUUGUUGUGGAGGUCGAUGACGACGUGCUUGUAGUGCUCGUCGAAGAUGUUGUGGAGGUAGUGUGUGUGGUGCUUGUACUUGUCGAGCUGCUGCUGCUGGUGCUCGUUGAUGUGGUUGACGUUGAGGUCGUACUCGACGACGAUGAAGAAGUGCUUGUCGAGCUCGUUGAUGUGGUACUGGACGUAGUGCUAGUCGAGCUACUGCUGCUCGAGCUACUUGUUGUCGUCGAAGUUGAUGUGCUGCUCGAUGUGCUUGUUGAGCUGGAUGUAGUGCUAGUCGAGGUUGUACUGGUGGAAGUGCUGGUCGAGCUGCUGCUGCUCGUGGAUGUUGAGGUGGUCGACGACGAGGUCGUGGAUGUAGUUGAUGACGAUGAGCUUGUGGUGCUCGUGGAUGUGGUGCUGCUGGUGGAGCUGGUGGAACUGCUACUCGUCGAGCUCGAUGAAGAACUCGAUGUCGAUGUUGUCGUGGAGGUCGAUGACGACGUGCUUGUAGUGCUUGUCGAAGAUGUUGUGGAGGUAGUGCCAGUCGUGCUUGUGCUUGUCGAGCUGCUGCUGCUAGUGCUUGUUGAUGUGGUUGUCAUUGAGGUCGUACUCGAAGACGACGAAGAACUGCUCGAGCUGCUGCUGCUUGUGCUGCUGGAGGUUGUGGAUGUGGAUGUGGUCGACGUGGAUGUCGUGCUCGAAGUGGAUGAGGAACUGCUGGUGGUGCUUGUGGAAGUGGUGCUGGAAGUAGUUCGAGUAGUGCUAGUACUAGUCGAGCUGCUGCUGCUCGUGCUUGUUGAGGUGGAUGACGAGGAAGUGGUGCUUGAGCUGCUAGAAGAAGUGCUACUGGUGCUUGUGGAUGUUGUACUGGAGCUGCUGCUCGAGGUACUAGUGCUGGUCGAACUGCUGCUGCUCGAAGAUGUAGAAGUGGUUGUCGAAGUUGUGAUGGUUGAAGUUGUUGUCGUGGAUGUGGAUGAAGACGUACUGGAGGUGCUCGUCGAAGACGUUGUGGAGGUAGUCAUGGUGGUGCUUGUACUGGUCGAGCUGCUGCUGCUGGUGCUCGUUGAUGUAGACGAUGUUGAGGUAGUGCUGGAAGACGAUGAGGAAGUGCUUGUCGAGCUCGUUGACGUGCUGCUCGACGUGCUUGUUGAGCUGGAUGUAGUGCUAGUCGACGUCGUGCUGGUGGAAGUGCUGGUCGAGCUGGUGCUGCUUGUGCUGGUUGCCGUUGUUGAAGUUGAGGAAGUGCUGGAGGUGGAUGAAGAACUUGAUGUUGUACUGGUGGAGGUGGUAGAUGUAGAAGAAGAUACUGAAGUCGUGCUCGAGAUGCUCGUGGAUGUUGUGCUAGUCGUGGUACUUGUCGAGACAGUGCUGCUUGUGCUUGUUGAUGUGACUGAUGUGGUUGAGGAUAACGAGGUGGUGCUGGUAACACUCGUCUGUGUUGUGCUGAUUGUGGUGCUGGUCGAGCCCGUGCUAGUCGUGCUUGUUGUUGUGGCUGAUGUCGUUGAGGAUAACGAGGUCGUGCUUGUAGCACUGAUGGUGGUGCUAGAUGAGAUGCUGCUACUUGUGCUUGUUGUCGUGGCUGAUGUGGUUGACGACAACGAGGUGGUGCUCGUAGCACUAAUGGUCGUGCUAGUCGAGAUACUGCUACUUGUGCUUGUCUCCGUGGCUGAUGUGGUUGAGGAUAACGAGGUCGUGCUCGUCACACUCGUCUGCGUAGUGCUGAUGGUGGUGCUGGUCGAGACGGUGCUAGUCGUGCUCGUUGUUGUCGCUGAUGUGGUUGAGGAUAACGAGGUCGUGCUCGUCACGCUCGUCUGUGUUGUGCUAAUGGUGGUGCUGGUCGAGCCAGUGCUGCUUGUGGAUGUCGUUGUUACAGUUGUGGUUGUUGCUCCUUGUAGUCGCCUGCCAAAUCCGUGGAUGCUCUCCUGCCAGUUGAGAGAACUGUUGUGGAUGCCAAACACACACAUGCACAUGCGCGGAUGUCCUGAUCUGCUUUUGGCAACUGCGAUGUCAGGCUCUGCCACCGCAGUUGUCUUGUGCUCAUGUCCUGCAGGCUUGGGCGAGAAGAAUAGCUAG